CUGGGCAUGUUUUCUAACAGGGACUGUAUCAGUUGAAAAACGCCUUCUCUUAAACGAUCCUGAUAUUGUUUCAACCUUGCAACAAAUGACGUUAGAACUGCAAAAGCUCAGAGCAGAUGUUUCCGUGUUGCAGCAAGAGACGUCACUGUUAAAAAAAUCAAAACUUACCGGGUCUGCAUACACACGAUGGGGAAGAAAAGACUGUCCAGUUAAUGGAACAGAGUUGGUAUAUACUGGAAUUAUCGGCGGGGGAUAUUACACUCAUAAAGGAGCGCCCGCAAACUAUGUCUGUUUAACACACGAUCCUGAUUUUAUUCAUGGAGAUAAGGUUCAAUUUCCGUCUGAAAUUUCCGGAAUGUAUGGCGGGGAAUACCAGGACAACUACUUUGGGAAUAAUCUUUACCAAAACGACCCACCAUGUGCAGUGUGUAGGGCAACUGACAAAACAUCGGUCAUCAUGAUUCCUGGAAAAACAAAGUGUUAUGGAGAUUGGCACUUAGAAUAUUAUGGGCGAUUAGCUGCAGGAAGGGACUCACACGAAACUGCGUCUGAAUACAUAUGUGUUGAUCACCAGGCACAAUAUCGAGAGGGUGGUGGUACUAGUCAAGACGGAAAAAUGUUGUAUGCAGUUGUCGCUAAGUGUGGUACGUUACCAUGCCCACCUUACCAUGACAAUGCGCCGAUAUCAUGUGUUGUUUGUUCCAGAUAAUAUGAGCGCAGAGAAAUAUAGCACUUUCGGUAUUUUGUUGUUUUUCUUGGUACAUCUAUUUAUAAUGGUGAAUUCUUAUAUCCAACGCAGAUCUUAUUGAAUUCAUACGAAGUGUUAAAUGAGCCAUUUUCUCUUAUUCUGAUAUUUUGCUUUCUCUAAAAGAAAGGCAUAAUUUAAGAACAAAUAUAGUUUCGUUGAGGACAUUUUCUGUUGAGCGGAAAUUGAUUUAAAAAUGUGUUGUAGUCUUUUUCUAAUUAAACUUAGGAUUACGGUACUAUACAAUCUGAUUGAAUUCAGAUAUAUUGUAACUCGCUUACUCGUCCAAGUAUAAGAAGCAUAACGAAAUCAAAGAUUUGUAUUUUAACUAGAUUGUGUACUAUAUGAAGCAAAUGGAAGUGGUGCAUAAUCUAGCUUUUCUCUGGGUACAAUACAUAUUGAAAUAUCAAAGUUUCACCACUGAACACUGUAAACAUUGUCCUAAGAAUUCAACAAAUAAGGGUAUUAUUUGGUUUCUGUGAUAGACAGAUGAACCUCAGACAAGACAAAUUACUUUUCAGUAAUUUUUACAAUUAAAAAAUGGAGAUACAGAUGAUAUGUUUUCGAAUGGUAUUUGAUU